AUGGCUCUUUCCCAGAUACCGAAACUUCAUUUCCCCAUAUUCACUCGCUUCCCAUCUUCUCUUUACACCAACACAAACCUCCCUCUUCUAACCAAGAUCAAACUCCCAGCCCUUACCAGACCCAAAUCCACAUUCACCACAACAGAACCCAUACCCAUCGCUGAAGCCCACGACUUGUUAACACCCCAAGAAGAAACCCAACCCCAAUUUUCACUUGACAGACUCUUUAUCCCACCAGAAACUGAGGUUUCAAUCAGUGAGAAUAGUAGUUUAGGUCCUAGGAUUUUGAAAGGGUCUAAUAUCGUGUUGAGUAAGUAUGCAAGGGAUGCACAGGUUGUUCAAGCCGAGUUUAUUAAAAGUAGUGUGAGAACUGAAGAUUGUCCUUCUGAUGGUUUGCCUGAGUUUGCUCUUGUUGGAAGGUCUAAUGUUGGCAAAUCUUCUCUUCUUAAUUCUCUUGUUAGAAGAAAGAAACUUGCACUUACCUCAAAAAAACCUGGGAAGACGCAGUGCAUCAAUCAUUUUAAGGUCAAUGAUAGCUGGUACUUGGUGGAUUUGCCUGGAUAUGGUUAUGCAUCUGCACCUCAGGAACUCAGGACAGAUUGGAAUAAGUUUACUAAAGACUAUUUUCUCAAUCGCUCAACCUUGGUCUCAGUAUUCCUUCUUAUUGAUGCUAGCAUUCCAGCAAAGAAAAUUGAUCUUGAAUAUGCCAGUUGGCUGGGUCAGAAUCAGGUUCCCAUGACAUUAAUUUUCACCAAAUGUGACAAGCGGAAGAAGAAAAGGAAUGGUGGGAAAAGGCCUGAAGAAAAUGUGAACGAAUUUCAGGAGCUGAUACGUGGCUUCUUUGAGACAGCACCUCCUUGGAUUAUGACCAGCGGUGUCACCAAUCAAGGUCGUGAUGAGAUGCUUUUGCACAUGGCUCAACUGCGGAACUACUGGCUCAAACACUGA